AUGAAAUUCUCUCGGGCACCUCGCGGGAAGUUCCUUAGGAGGAUUGCUGAUCCCCAGCUGUAUCGGUUGCUUUCCAGAGCGCUCAAAGAGGAGGAAUCUCCCAGCCCGUGCCUUAUCACCUCGCUUCUCUGGGUCCAUAGCUCUCAAAGCAGUGUCUCUGUCAUCUCCGGGGGCGGUAAUAGCCAGCAGAUUGACCUUAUGUUGGGCAGCAUUGCGAGAGCUCCUGGCGGUCAUGAGCCGAUGCGGUAA